UCGACAAAAAGCCUUUUCCAUUGAAAGUGCAGGGGAAAUGAUACAGUAGUAAUUUUUCUAUAAAUUGGUUCUGGUGAUGAGUAUGAGAAACAUCCAAUUUUUUUGAUAAAGUUUGAGAAAUAAGACCUUUAUCCACACCACACCACACGAAACAAAAAGAACUCCUUCCCAAAUGGAGAAUGCGGUUUCAGUAGUACUAGCGAUCUUAGCAGUGCCUUUGAAAUGGGCAUGGAAUGGAGCGAAGAAACAAUGUCUUUACUGUAUAAAAUAUAAAGAAAGUGCAGAGGCUUUUGAGAGUGAGGCCAGAGAAUUCCUUGAGAAAGCUAAACGUCUUGAAGACACGGUUGAAAAAAGUGGACGACGCAGCGUCAGGGAAGAGCUUAAGCCACAGCUUGACAGAGCCAAAGAUGUCGAAAAUAAGGUGAAUCUUCUGACAACCGACAUGGAAAAAGCAAGACCAGCUUGCUGCCUGUGGCACUACAAGCUUAGCAAAAGAAUUGCUAAGCUGAGAGAAGCUAUGGGGGAACUGAUACAAGAUCCGAAAUUCAAUUCGGUAGUAGCUCUCCAACCCCAAGCGGCAGCAAUAUGGCAGCGCUCUCGCAAUAUUCAACGCCCGAAAGAUUUUCUUUCUUUUAGCUCCAGGAAGUUGUCCAUGGAUGAGAUUAUGAAUGCCCUGAAAGAUGAGGGACGUAGCAUUGCACGAGUACAUGGCAUGGGAGGUGUAGGUAAAACCUACAUGGUGAAAGCAUUGGCUAGCAGAGCUUUAAAAGAAAGAAUAUUCGAUCAGGUGGUGGUGUCAGUUGUCUCGCAAAAUUUUGAUUUGAGGAAAAUUCAAGGGGACAUUGCUCAUGGCUUGGGGGUGGAACUCACUUCCAUUGAAGUGCAAGAUCGUGCCAACGACCUCAAGGACAUCUUAAUGGACCACAGUAACAUCCUUUUGAUCUUGGAUGACUUGUGGCAGACCAUAGAUGACCUAUCAGACAUUGGAAUACCACAAAAUUCCGAGGAUAUCCAAAGGUCUGGUGGUUACAAAUGCAAGAUCUUAAUCACUACAAGGAAGAGGUAUGUGUGUGACAAUCUGGAUAGGCAUCCCCCGAUCCCAAUCAAUGUCCUCUCAGGCGAUGAUCCUUGGAUUUUGUUCAGCCAAAGAGCUGGAGAUAAGUCCAAGCAGGCUGGUUUUAUUGAGAUAGGAAAGAAGAUUGUUAAGGAAUGCGCCGGAUUGCCAAUAGCACUUUCGACUGUAGGAAGUGCACUGCGCAACAAAGACUUGGGCUCUUGGCAAAGUGCAGCUACACGUCUCGAGAGAUCCAAAGCUCCAUCCAUUGAUCAGGACGAUGAUCUCAGUUCUGUUGUUUCCGAAAGUAUAGAACUGAGUUACAGUUUCUUGCCAAAUGAUUUGUGCAAGCGUUUUUUCUUGAUGUGCUCCUUCUUUCCUGAAGAUCACAACAUCCCCAAGGAAACAUUGACCAGGUAUGGCAUGGGAUUGUCCUUAAUCCCAAACAUUGAGAGUGUCAAAGAAGCAAGAGAUGAUGCUCAUCUCACGUUCGAAGAACUCAAAGCUUCUUCUUUGCUCUUAGAUGGCGAUAAGGAGGACACUGUCAAAAUGCACGAUGUUAUUCGUGAUAUUUCGAUACAAAUAUCAAUCAACCAGCAACCAAUGAGUGUUGUUAAAGCAGGCUUGGCAUUGAAGGACUGGCCAAGAGACACCUUAAAGAGCUCCUGCGGAGCUAUCUCACUCAUGUCAAAUCAUAUCCAAUCCCUACCUGAUGAUGUAGACUGCCCCGAAACAGAGAUGCUAUUGCUGCAGAAUAACAAGUCUCUAAAGCAAGUUCCCCUUGAAUUUUUCGGAAAUAUGAAAGCUCUGAAAGUCCUGGAUUUUACUGGUGUAAAAUUAAUGAGGUCUUUACCCUCCUCAACUAAGCAGUUGUCACUCCUUCGGAUACUGUCUUUGGAUUAUUGCAGGUUAAUAAGAGACGUAUCAAUGAUUGGAGGACUUACCAAGCUUGAAAUUCUGAGCCUAAGAGAGUCGAGGUUUGCAUCAUUGCCUGAAAGCUUCGCACAUUUGAAAGAGUUACGAAUUUUGGAUAUCACCUUGUCUCCUUGCAAGGAAGUCCCCCCAGGAAUCAUAUCGAGCAUGAAGAAGUUGGAAGAGUUAUACAUGCAAGGCUGCUUUGCAGAUUGGGAAAAUGGGAAUGGACAAAACAAAGCCAGCUUCCAAGAAAUAUUAAGCUUGAGUGGCUUAACAACCCUUAAAGUAGAUUUGGCUGGUGUCAGUUGCCUACCUCCUGAUGAUCCCGAUGAUACCAAUCUUGAUCCUCAUUGGGAGAAAUUUGAUGUUUGUGUGAAUGGUUCAGAGGUACGCAGGCUGUUAAAUGCACGAGGGCCCUCUUCUUCUAGUGGGUUGGCUACUGGCUUGCAGUUGAAAGAAUUUCCAAAUUGGUUUACGCAGGCUGUAGCACGCAAAGCAGAGAAAUUGAGCUACCAAGAAUGCAUUCUUGAAGAAUACCGCCCUGAAAAUUUUGAUAGCGUGAAACUUCUCUAUGUAGAGCAGUGCGUAGAGCAUUGUUCUAAUGGUGCCCAAUUUAUAAAAUUGGAAAGUGGAGUUCCAAUUCAACCUGUGUUCCCAAAACUGGAGAAGCUGAAUAUUCACCAGAUGCAAGAAAUGGAAGGUAUCUGUGCUGAGAACCUACCAUCUGGAUCUCUACACAAGCUCAAGACUUUGGAGGUCCAUGAAUGUCCUAAUUUGAAAGAUGCACUCCUUCCUCCCAAUUUAGUUCAAAGAAUGUCAAAUCUUGAAGAGGUUCACGCAACAGGGAAUUCAAUUAAAGUUGUGUUUGGAUUUGAAGGCCUCACAGUCCGAGGUGGAGAAUUAAGGAAACUGAAGAGAUUGAUACUGCACAAUCUCUCUCAACUCACUAGCCUAUGGAAGGGUACUACUGAAUUAGUUAUGUUCCACAGGCUUGAAGUUGUAAAACUGUCACAAUGUGAGAAGCUCAAAUAUAUCUUCCCGUAUAGCGUUUGUGAUUUCCUUUGUCAUCUACAAGUAUUAUGGCUGGAAGAUUGCAGUAGUUUGGAGCAAGUUAUCGGUGAUCACAAAGAUGGAAAUGGAGUUCAUGAAGCACCGGAAGACAUGAUUCUCCCAAGAUUAAGAGAUUUGGUGCUGGGAAAUCUCCCCUGUCUCACCCAUUUCUACACUCAAAAAGCAUAUUUGCGUUGCCCUGAAUUGCAAAGACUGCAUGUAAAGGAUUGCCAAAGAUUGAGAACAAACCUCUCUGAUUACCAUAGUGAUCAGGAAAUCCAACUAAUUCCAGAGAAGCAGCUCAAGCGUCUUGAAACAUUUCGGAAUUCAGCUCAAUAAAGGAUGUUAUAAAUUAUGCAAGAACAUUUAGAUGCAUAACAUUGAAGAGCAUCAUACAUGCUCUUUUACUUCCAUUUUUCACAACUUAUCCUUGUUUCUCCUUUUCUGUAUUCCUUUAAUUUGUUAUUGUUAUAGAAUACUGAAUUGUAAGUUAACAAAUUUCUUCCCCAAA